GAACGAAGUUAGCCGGCCGUGAGUCGGCUUUCGCCGCGGUUGUUGCUUGCGUGAGUCGUGAGUCGGCGGUCGGCCACCGAUUUCCCCGAACAGAGCAUCUCGUCCCGUGGCCGGAAACACCGGCGCGCCGCGGAUCACGGACUCCCGACGGUCGCGUCGUCCAAUUACUCCGAUUUGAAACGAAUCGCGCGCCUCGCGCGUCCCCUCGUCGCGAAGCGGGCAACGCGUCGCGUCACCGCGCGUCACUUGCUCGUCACUUCGCCGUGUCCCCCGGCGAGGCAGCCUAUUGUCCGUCCACGGAGUACGGACGGUGCGUUGUCGUCCGAUACGAGAUCGUAUCCGCGGCGCUUGAUCCCAUUGAGGCCGUCGAGCUCUCGACGGCGUCGAGUCGACGUGCGACUGGCAGAUAUUCAAUGGAGGAGCCAAUAGUCACAAUGGAUUCCAAGGACGGUCCGGAAUCUUCAGACGACACCGGCGUUGCACCUCAACCAGAAGCUGUGAGCAAUUCCGAGAUUAAAGAUAGCACCGAAAGCUGUAUCGAAGAAGUUUCAGAGGAAAACGAGGAGUCUGAUCGACCUGAUCAAUCUGAUAAUUUGCUUGAUAAAGAUAUUUCAGAGAUGCUUGAUGAUGAAAUGAAUAGAGAAGAAACUGCAAUAUCCGAUAACUGUGAGAAAGACUCGUCUGUAUCAAAUGUGAACGCUAGUGAAUCUACCAUAUGUUUAGAAAGCACCGAGGGGGACUAUAAUGCAGAAGUUGAAGUAGCAUUAUCUGAGGAUAACAGUGACACUGUAACAAUAGAAGCAAAUAAUGUACUCGAAAAUACCAACAAAGAAGAUGCUCCAAUUUAUGUAGAUGCGGAAACGACAGAGCCAGAUGGAGGUUCCUGUGAAGAAAACGCUUUGGUUCAUGCAGACGCGGAAACGACAGAGCCAGAUGGAGGUUCCUGUGAAGAAAACGCUUUGGUUCAUGUAGACGCGGAAACGACAGAGCCAGAUGGAGGUUCCUGUGAAGAAAACGCUUCGGUUCAUGUAGACGCGGAAACGACAAAGCCAGAUGGAGGUUCCUGUGAGGAAAACACCUUGACCUCGGUUCAUGUAGACGCGGAAACGACAAAGCCAGAUGAAGGUUCCUGUGAGGAAAACACCUUGACCUCGGUUCAAGUGGACGCGGAAACUACAAAGCCAGAUGGAGGUUUUUGCGAGGAAAACAUCUCGACCUCGGUUCAAGUGGACGCGGAAACUACAAAACCAGAUGGAGAUUUUUGCGAGGAAAACACCUCGACCUCGGUUCACGUGGACGCGGAAACGACAGAGCCAGAUCAAGAUUCCCAUGAGGAAAAUGCCUCGGUUCAUGUAGCCGCGGAAACGACAGAACCAGAUCAAAGUUUCCGUGAGGAAACCGCCUCGAUUCAUGUAGAAACAGAAACGACAGAACCAGAUCAAGGUUCCCGCGAGGAAACCGCCUCGAUUCAUGUAGAAACAGAAACGACAGAACCAGAUCAAGGUUCCCGCGAGGAAAACACCUCGGUUCAUGUGGACGCGGAGACGACAGAGCCAGAUCGAGAUUCCCAUGAGGAAACCGCCUCGGUUCGUGUGGACGCGGAAACGACAGAGCCAGAUCGAGAUUCCCACGAGGAAACCGCCUCGGUUCAUGUGGACGCCGAAACGGCAGAGCCAGAUACAUCCAAUUCAACCAAACAGUGUGACACGGAGCUUCCAUCGACUCUCGAAGACUCGUCCAAGGUUCAAGACGGUGCUGCGAAUGACGGUGGGAAAUCCACUGACGAUAACGUUGCCGACGAGUCCGAGACGUUGCCUAAGGACAAAGCUAAAGAUUGUGAUAUCCCGGACGAGUCGAGCAGUAACGCAGACGACGUGCAAGUGUCGCAGAGAGAAGCUGCGUCGUCGAAGAAGAUCGAGUCGGAAUCCUCGGACAGUAAUUUAGACAAUUUGGACCCGUCCGAGAAGAACAUCGAGCCCGAGAACACGGAGUUCAUACAAUUCUCCCACGACAAGAACGACGACUCUCAGAUCGAGGUGCAGUCCAUGGACGCGGAGGACGAUCCGUUUGGCGGUGACAAUCUCACGUCCGAGAACGUGGAGCAGGCGGAGACCGACGGCCUCGCCGAGAACGGGCUCAGUUUUAAAAAGAUAUACGAGCAGGGUGAUAACUUGCAGGACGCGGUGAACGCGAGAAACAACGAGGAAUGCGGCGAGAAGCUGAAUGUCGAUUCAGCGUUAAACGACCCGAAGGACGGCGGCGACGUCGACAAAGUCGUGGACAAUAUUGCUGAAACGCCAAGUAACGCACAAGCCGGCGGCGUCGACUCUCUCGAAAAUACUCCGAUGGACGUUGAUCUCCCGGGUGCCGGUACGGCUUCGGAAACGGGAGCGGAAAGUAUGCCCCCCGCGAAGCUGCCCGAGGAGCAAGAUGAGCAGGCCAAGAAGACCGUCGAGGAGAUCACGCCAAUGGAAACGGACGAGGAGCAGGCCGACGUGUUGCCGGGACAGGAUGACGAAUUGUGCAUCAUCCCAGACAGCAUGAAAGUGAUAAUACCAAAUAAGUCGGGUAAAACGGUAGACGGCAAUCAGAGCGAAUCCGCGCUUGCCAAAGAUUCCACAAGCGAGGAAACGGCGCAGAAAAGUGGCAAAUCCAAUGCGGAGCUCGAGAAAGACACUUCGAAAGACGAAUCCGAGUCAGCGUCCACGAGUGAAAAUAAAGCGGAAGAUCCCACGAAGCAGAAGACGGUUGUUCAAGACGAGCGCGAGUCGACAGCGAAAGAUGUCACCCCGGCGGCGGACGUUAUUAAUAUUGACGACGAGAAAACUUCGGAGGUGGAAGAGAUUAGUAAUAAGGAGGUGUGUAAGCAGUGCGGCGAGGAGAGGGCGUGCAAAAUCCGGGUGAAGAGCGGCGCGGAGAGUUAUCUCGUGUGCUCGAAGACGUGCAAGGCGUUGUUUAAAGCGGCUCACAAUAAAGCCGUCGACAUACCGAGCGAAGGGGCCAACUCCAAGCGGGAGAAACGUUGCGCGACUUGUUUGUCAAUUAUAGAAACGAACGACGAGCGAAAUCUGUCCUGGGAAACGAUGGAGUUCUGCAACGAGGAAUGCCUGGGCAGGUUCCAAAGGAAGUACGGUAGUUUCUGCAAGAAUUGCAACGGCGCGGUUCAACCUGUGAGUCUGGGCAAGUACUGCGUGAGAUUCGGAUGCGACGUGAGGCAGUUCUGUUGCUCGUCCUGUCUGGAGGAAUUCAAGAAGGGUUUGAAGGUGUGCAGUUACUGCCAGAAGGACAUAAGUUUCAGCACGGACGGCUUCCUCGCGCCGGUCGGAGAGAAAGGGCAGUUUAAGGACUUUUGCACCCAGGACUGUAUGGAAAAAUAUUCAAAGUUGAACUCCACGGUACCGCCGGCUACGGAGAAAAAGCCAUGCAGCGUUUGUCAGGCGGAAAAACUUGUACACUGCGAAGUUCAGAUAUACAACAGCACUCCGGUAGCUAUAUGCAGCGAACCCUGUUUUGCUGCGUUUAAGUUUGUGAAGCAGGUGAAACCUGAACAAUGCUCUACAUGCAAGAAAUUUUUCGAAUUACCGAAUAAGCAGCACUUCAUUGUAUUUUACGAGAACGAGCCCCACACGUUUUGUAACAAGACAUGCUUAAACAUAUUUAUCAUAACGAAUAGAAAAAUAGUGUCGUGCAACUGGUGCAAAGUAAAGAAAUAUAACUUUGAUAUGAUUAAGAAGGAAUUAAAAACGGGACAAACUCUGAUGAUGUGCAGCUUGAAUUGCUUGACGCUUUAUCAGGUCUCCAUUAAUGCAGUGUCUGCGAAACGAAUCAACUGUGAUUUUUGUAAGGAGUAUUCCUUAGCGCAUUAUCACCUCACGAUGUCGGACGCGACGAUACGUAAUUUUUGCUCGUACAAUUGCGUCAUGAAUUUUCAAGCGCAGUACACUAAGUCGCCUAUAACUAUACCGUCGAGCGACGAUCCCGUGCCUACGGGCUUGCCCAAGAGGACCACGUUACCGCAGAGAGGUACGAGUCAGGCCGUUCUCAAGGACAUACAAAAUAAGAAGACUAUCCCGGUUAUCUCGUCGGUGACGAGCUUAGCCCCGAUAGGGAAUGGACAGGCGAAUUCGACGUCGCAGCAAAACAGUAUAGUGAACGCGAGUCAAGCGGCGAAGAUGGUCUACAAGCAACAGGUCAUUACCAGACCUCCUAGUCCAGUGAAUAUGCACAACAAGACGACUCAGUGCAAGCCUUUGGUACACACGAAGGGGGUUUCCGUGCGUCCGCAUCCUUGCACAAAGUCGACGCAAACGACGGAAAGAGUUCAACAGGUGGUCGUGCCUAUACCGGUGCCAAUUUACGUUCCAUUUCCAAUGUACAUGUACAACAUGCCGUUCCCAGUUCCAAUGCCCUUCCCACUGCCCAUUCCCGUUCCCCUGUUCAUUCCCACUACGAGAAACAGCGCUAAGGGAAUUAUGAAAGAUAUCAAGAGAAUACAAGAGAAGAUACCGGCCGAUCCGUACGAGGCCGAGCUCCUUAUGAUGGCCGAGAUGGUAGCCACCGAAAAGAAGGCCAACGACAGUGAUUCUGAUUCAGUGGACGAUAGGGAAGAUAACACAGCUGAUCAAGACAAUUUACGUAGUGAUGGUUUCAGUCCGGAAGCAGUUGAUUCCAGCAACACAUUCGGGGAUGACAUGUUGCAAAUGGCAUUAAAAAUGGCCACGGGAGAAUUCGGGGACGAGCCGGCAGUCGAUUUGGAAGCUGCGUUGACGCCGAAUACCAUUACAGCCACGCAGGCACCGCCGCAGUCAGAGAAUACUUUGGACAACGACGUGCAGUCGGAUCGACUGAUGGUUGCGUCUAGAGGAAGGAAACGCGUGAUGCCGUACAAGCCGCGAGCGACGCCAACCAAACGGAUGAGACGUGUCUCUGGUACAAAUGACAUGCCACUGAUGCCACCGCCGGAGCCGCAGCCACCCCCGCAACCGCGCAUUUUGGAGCCGCUGGAGAAGCCCGACGCUAAUAUGGCGUUAAAGUACACUUUUGGCGUAAACGCGUGGAGGCAGUGGGUAGUGGGAAAGAAUGCCGAAUUAGAGAAACAAAUUACACCGACGAGAAAGAUAAAAUUGUUCAAGACGGAUCUCUUGCAACUAACCGCGGACGAAUUAAAUUAUUCCCUAUGCCUCUUCGUGAAGGAAGUGAGAAAGCCGAACGGUGCGGAAUAUGCUCCCGACACAAUAUAUUACCUUUGCCUAGGAAUACAGCAAUAUCUAUUUGAGAACAGCAGGAUCGACAAUAUAUUCACGGACUCGUACUACGAGAAAUUUACAGAUUGCCUGAACGAAGUAGCGAAAAAGUUCUCCGUGCUGUACAACGAGGCACAAUACAUCGUGACCAGGGUGGAGGAGGAGCACUUGUGGGAGUGCAAACAAUUGGGUGCCCAUUCUCCACACGUUCUGUUAAGCACGCUUAUGUUCUUUAAUACGAAACACUUUAAUCUUGUGACGGUAGAGGAGCAUAUGCAGCUUUCCUUUUCUCAUAUUAUGAAACACUGGAAGCGCAAUCCAGCAGCUCAACCCACGGCGGUGGCAGGGAAGGUUCCCGGCUCAAGAAACGUCCUUCUGAGAUUUUAUCCGCCGCAAUCAGCUCUAGAAGCUAAUUCAAGGAAAAAGAAGGUGUACGAGCAACAAGAAAACGAGGAGAACCCAUUGAGAUGCCCUGUUAAGUUGUACGAAUUCUAUUUGUCGAAAUGCCCUGAAAGCGUUAAGACGCGAAAUGAUGUCUUCUAUCUAUUGCCAGAACGCAGUUGCGUACCAGACAGUCCGGUAUGGUACUCGACGUCGCCCCUCGCGAAGGAACAGCUCAUCAAAAUGUUAUAUCGUAUUAAAAUGGUUAAAGAAAUUAAUGUAGCUUUACUAACGAGUUAAUUUCACCUAUUACGAUGAUCUCUUAUAUUGUUAAGUAAGCGAGGGGAAAAAAAACAAAAGGAAUUUCUAUUCUAUUUUAACACUUUGACUGCUGUCCGGACAUUAGGGAGUUUAAACUCCGAAGUUUUUUUUUAAACUGCAGUAUAUUUCGUUGAACAAUUUCGUUGUACAUUCAAUUGUAAAAAAAUAAAACUUCGUAGAUGUUUUUUUCCUUAAGUACAACGUUUUUUUUAUUAAUAAUUAACUUGCAAAUACAAUUCAAUUCUAUUGUGAACGUACAUGUCUGUAGACGUGUAUUACGAUUUUUGCCUAUCAAAAUGUAUGCACGCAAAGUAUGCAUGCGUAUGCAAAGUGUUAAAAUAAUGCAAAAGAGUGGUUACUACAAAAAUAGGAUGCAAAUACAGAAAUAUAGGAUUAAAUGAGUUUUCCAGUUUCUAUUGUAUAUUUUUCACUUCCUAAUAAAAAGAAACUUAUUGAUUAAAAAGUUUCUGAAAUUGUAA